CACACACACACACACACGCAGACUGAAGAUUAGAGCCGGAGUGUAACUGCAGAAGAAACACAACCUGCACCAGAAACUUCAAAGGAACUCACAAUUCUGAGAUCACACACACUUCACUACUGUUUCCUUUUUUAUAUACUUUAUAUAUUUUUACACAUUUUGCUUCGUUGUGGAAGUGUGUGUGUGUGUGUGAAGAAAGGAGGGAUUUUACCUCUGUUACGUCUGUUUGCGAACUUGGACUUUGAAACUUUAACUGAGAGGCUCAACAUUAAGGUCAGAGAUGGAAAGAUGGGCGUGGCACCUGGGUGUGUUUUUUCUAUUUUUCACCCUAAUUGGUCAUUAUGGUAUCAGUGCCAAUCGCUGUGCAGCGAGUAAAGCAACCAGCUGCUCUGCGUGUCUGCAGACCGGAUUUGGCUGCAUACUGCUCUGAUGAGGUGUUUGGGUUUGAUCGUUGUGACCUGCUGGAGAACCUGAACUCUAGCAGCUGUGCUAAGAUCGUAUCAGUUCACAGCUCCAGGUCCAUGGUGCAGAACAUUGGGAUUAAUAAGAACAUGAAACACUCCCAAGUGGCUCCUCAGCAGAUGAGGAUGACAUUAUUACCUGGUGAGGAGCACGAGCUGGAGAUUGAGGUGUUUGAGCCGGCUCGUGGUCCACUCGACCUUUACAUCCUUAUGGACUUCUCCAACUCCAUGUCUGAUGAUCUGGAUAACCUUAAGAGGAUGGGGGAUGAGCUAGCUCAGUUAGUUGGGACUCUCUCUGAUGAUUACACAAUUGGAUUCGGAAAAUUUGUUGAUAAAGUUACUGAACCACAGACAGACAUGAGACCAUCAAAGUUAAAGGAGCCAUGGGCGAACAGUGACCCGCCGUUCUCCUUUAAGCAUGUCAUCAAUCUUACCAGUGACAUCAGCAACUUCAGACAUAAUCUGCAGGGAGAGAGAAUAUCUGGCAAUCUGGAUGCUCCUGAGGGGGGAUUCGACGCCAUCCUGCAGGCCGCUGUGUGUCAGUCUCAGAUCGGGUGGAGGAAGCACAGCACCCAUCUCCUGGUCUUCUCCACCGAAUCUGCAUUUCAUUAUGAAGCCGACGGAAUAAACGUGUUGGCAGGAAUUUUGCAGCGGAAUGAUGAGGCGUGUCACCUGGACAGUAACGGUCUGUACACUCAUGCCACGCGGCAGGAUUAUCCUUCCGUCCCCACACUGGUGCGGCUCCUCGUCCAGAACAACAUCAUCCCCAUCUUCGCCAUCACCAACCACUCGCUUUCAUACUACGAGAAACUGCUUCAUUAUUUCCCCAUCGCUGAACUAGGAGUUCUGACAGAUGAUUCCUCCAACAUCCUCAACAUUAUUAAGAACGCCUUCGACAGUAUCCGUUCAAAAAUUAGCAUCCAGGCUGAGAACAAACCAAGAGCCAUCGGUGCUCAGAUCCUUUCAGCAUCUGGAGUGGCAUCGGAUUACGGAAACUUCCGCAUCCAACCGGGAGAAAUUGGUAAAUUUAAAGUGCGCCUGAACGCUAAGACGAGUGUGAGUGACAAACCUGUGUGCAGCCUCAACACUAACGACCGUGAGGGCAUGAUCAGGGUCAAACCCACCACGUUUAGCUCUGCUCUUCAUAUCCAAACUUCUGUUCUCUGUGAAACCUGCGAAUGUGAACUGACUCCGACUCGGAAAGCACAGAGGUGUAACGGUAAUGGAGACCUGGUGUGUGGAACCUGCCGCUGUUACGAUAAAUGGUUGGGGCCGUACUGUAACUGCUCGUCUCAGGUGUCCUCAGACUCAGGUGGGUGUGUUGCCCCGGGGACGAGCAAGCCGUGUAACGAGAGAGGAGACUGUCUGUGUGGGACGUGUCUCUGCUACAACCCAAAUCAGUACGAUGGGCAGUUCUGUCAGUACGACAGAUCACAGUGCGGCAGAUCAGGAGGAUUCCUAUGUAACGAUCGAGGCAGGUGUUUUAUGGGAAAGUGUGUGUGUGAUAGUGGAUGGACAGGAAACGCAUGUGAGUGUCCUCUCAGUAAUGCAACCUGCCUGGACAAUAAAGGGGGUUUGUGUAAUGGUCAUGGGUGUAAAUGUGGACGUUGUGAGUGUGAAUACUCUGGAUUAGUGCUGGGAACAACAUGUGAACCAAAUUUCCAGGCACAACUGGGAUGUGAGAGCAGAAGGAGUUGUGUACAGUGUCAAGCCUGGAACACCGGAGAGCUAAAAGGAGACAAGUGCAAGAGCUGUCCAUUUACUAAAAAAGUGGAUGAACUGAAGGACAGAGAUAAAGUGAUAGAGACAUGUGAGUAUCGUGAUGAAGAAGAUGAUUGUACGUAUUACUACACAGUGAACUAUCCUCCUAAUCCUACUGAUAAAGAACAUGAGGUGGAAGUGCUCAAGAAAAAAGAAUGUCCUCCUGGAGGUUUUCUCUGGUUGAUUCCUCUCAUCAUGUUCCUGAUGCUGUUGUUGGGUCUCCUGCUGCUGUGUUGCUGGAAAUACUGUGCAUGCUGCAAGGCGUGUUUGGCCAGGUUUUGUGCCUGCUGUCCGUGUUGUGCGAUGGGUCGAAUGGUGGGAUUUAAAGAAGAUCACUACAUGCUGCGUCAGUCGUUGCUGAGCUCAGAUCACCUGGACACACCCAUGGUCCGGACCGGGCCGCCCAAGAGCACAGACGUGGUGCGCUGGAAAGUGAAAGAUAACGUCCACCGUGGACCGAACCAUCCUCAGAACCAGACCCAACCCAAUCCUAAAGAAAUCAUUGAUUUCCCUCUGACACUGCGGCUCCUCAGACAGUUUUCUGAAGAACUUUCACACCCAGAAGCUCGUAACACUGAAACUCUCAAACAGCAAGUGGAGGAAAAUCUAAAUAACGUAUACAGACAAAUUCCUGGAGCUCAGCGAGUGCAGAAAACUCGAUUCAGGACGCAGAGAAAUGCAGGGAAGAGGCAGAACAACACCAUCGUGGACACGGUUCUCUCGGCUCCACGCUCCAGCUUCCACGACAUCCUGACUCUGACAGAUAAACAGGUGCAGGCUGGAAAUUUCAGUGAGAUGAAGGUGGUACCUGGAUUCUACACCGUCGCUACAGACAGAGAGGCGAUGGGGGCGGUGGAGCUGCGAGGUGUGGAGUCUGUGGAUGUUCGGGUUCCACUCUUUAUUAAAGAUGAGGAUGAUGAUAAGAAACAGUUGCUGGUGGAAGCCGUCGACGUUCCUGUAGGAAUCGCAACCAUCGGAAAACGUCACGUCAAUAUCACAGUGAUUAAAGAACACGCUAAGAGCAUUCUGACGUUCCUCCAGCCCUCGUACACAUUCUCCCGUCAGGACGGCGUCGCUAACAUCCCAAUUAGCCGUGACAUCAUCGAAGAUGGUCGCACUCAGGUCACUUACUGCACCCGUGACCUCACCGCUAAGGACAAGAAGGACUACCUCUCAGUGGAUGGAGAUCUGAUGUACCAGGCUGGAGAAACUCAGAAGAUGGUCCCAGUGAAGCUGUUGGAGCUCGGGGAGGGAGAUUCCCUGAUCGAUAAACAGCCCAAACAGUUUGUGAUGGAUCUGAGCAACCCACGCCAGGGUGCUAAACUCGGCAAAUACCCACGAACCACCAUCAACAUCGCCGACAAGCCAGAUCCAAGCGUGAUCAUGUUCAAAAACAGCACUCAGACCUUCAACAUAUCGGACGCGCUCUACACCGUUCCUGUGAUCCGCACUCAAGGUCUGGAAAACCCUUCCACCGUUACCUGGCGCACAAUUUCCUCCCGCUUCAACCUGUCCGGCCCACUCAAGUUCGCUCCAGGAGAGAUGGAGAAGAACAUCGUGAUUGACACUCGCACACAGCAGGUUCCCUCCAAACCAGAAAACUUCCAGCUGGAGCUGUACGACCCGAGUUCUAACAGCCUGGUCCGAGACCGGAAGACCACACAGGUCAACAUCAUUGAUCCUAAAGGAGAUUUCUUUAUAACGUCUGGAACUAAUCCUAUUAAAGCCUCAUCUCCUACUGGGCGAAUCCUUCCUCCGGCCAACAUAGAAACUGUUGCUACAGGCCCUAAAAAGAUCCGCCUUAACUGGAACCCUCAGUCUGGAGCCAAGGGCUAUAAGGUGAAGUACUGGAUUUAUGGAGACCCUGAAGCUGAUGCUCAGGUGGUGGAUGUUAAAAGCACUCAUGCUGAAUUGACAAAUCUUUACCCGUUCUGCGAUUACGAGAUGCGUGUGUGUUCAUAUAACGCUCAGGGAGACGGAGACUACAGUGACAUUGUACAGUGCCAGACUCUUGAGGAUGUCCCAAGUGAACCAGGCCGUCUGGCUUUUAAUGUCAUUGGCCCGACUGUCACUCAGCUGAGCUGGGCAGAACCAGCAGAACCCAAUGGUGUGAUCACAGAUUAUGAAGUUGUCUACACCCCCAUCAAUGAGGACAGCAAACCCACUGGACCUGAUAAGAAGGUGAAGAUCGACAACCCAAAGAAACGCAUGCUGCUUAUUGAGAACCUACAGCCUUCCCAGACGUACCGGUACAAAGUGCGUGCUAGCAACAAGGUGGGAUGGGGGCCAUACAGAGACGCCACCAUCAAUCUGGCAACCCAGCCACACAGACCCAUGUCCAUUCCCAUUAUUCCUGACAUUCCGAUCGUGGAUGCAGAGGCCGGUGACGAUUACGACAGCUUUCUCAUGUACAGUAAUGAAGUUCUUCGUUCACCCACCGCCAGCAGCAGACCUAGCGUGUCUGAGUUCUCUGAAGGCAAGCGGUGGAAGCACGUUAAGCUUGUUGGAUCAGACCUGGAUCUCCGUACUGUCUCCUGGAAACUGCCUGCUGAUGUCAUCCCCACACGAAGCACAGGCACUUUGGAAAAAGAUGAUCUUCUGGCCACUGCUCAUUCCCAGUCCCCUCAUCCAACCGGCCUUUGCAAGAACCCUCUACAUGGUGUCCGUUUUGAGAAUUCUGUUCAAGGUGGCCAUUACCAGAACCUUCUACAAGACCAGAUCAUGAAUGGAAAAUGGGAUCAAGGGUUUUUGUUCCCAGGUGGUGGAAGUGGUUCCCUGUCACGUAACAUCAGCACCACAAAUACUUACAUAACCAGCAAAGGAGAUUCUGUGCCUCGCAAACAUGACAUCCAUACCGAGGACGUGAUCUUGAGAAAACGUUCGGAAAACAGGAAUUAUUAUGACAGUGAUGGAAUCAGAGACUCCAUUGUGAUGAGUGACUUGACUGGUGGAUUCUCUGACAUUCUGAGCGGCUCUAGCUUCAGCCAGACUACAACUACCAGCUACAGCCUGAACUCCCGUGUUCACAAUCGCUCAGAUGACAUCAACGAAGCUCUGCAGAACCUGGACAGGGUUCUCCAGGAUACUCGGCUGCAGCGUGGUGUCCCGGAAACCCCGAGCAGGCUGGUGUUUUCAGCUCUGGGCCCUACAGCACUGAAGGUCAGCUGGCAGGAGCCCCACUGCGAAAAGCCCAUAUCAGGAUACUGUGUUCUCUACCAGCUCCUCAGUGGAGGAGAAAUGAAGCGCAUGGACAUCACUAACCCUGCGCAGAACUCUGUGGUAGUUCAGGACCUUCUGCCCAACCAGUCGUACCUGUUCAAGGUGAAGGCUGAGAGUCAGGAGGGUUGGGGUCCGGAGCGAGAGGGAGUCAUCACCAUCGAGUCUGCAGUGGACCCCAAGAGCCCUCUUAGCCCCGUGCCAGGUUCUUCAUUUACUCUAAGCACACCGAGUGCUCCAGGUCCCCUGGUGUUCACCGCACUGAGCCCCGAGACUCUGCAGCUCAGCUGGGACAAACCACGGAAACCCAAUGGCGAGAUCCUGGGCUACGUGGUCACCUGUGAACAGCUGCAUGGUGGAGGAGAUCAGCGCUCGUUCCAGCUGAGUGGGAACUCGGCUACGUCCCUGACCGUCUCUGAUCUGACUGAAAAUGUCCCGUAUAAAUUUAAAGUUCAGGCUCAGACCACACAGGGCUUCGGGCCGGAGAGAGAGGGAAUCAUCACCAUCGAGUCUCAGGAUGGUUCUAUGGGUCAGUACGGUGGUCAGUCUGUGAUGAGGAGAGAAGUGUUUAAUUUACCAUCACAGAGCUCAACACAUACAACACACACCAUGUUCACGGAACCCUUCACCACCCCAGAAGGUAUUAUGAUGUCGAGCAGACAGGUCACACAGCAGAUGAGUGGCAGUGUUACGCGUCAGGUGGAGAUGGUGCAGAGAGGAGUGACAUCCACCGUCACCAGGAAACAAUAUUACGAAGCCUGAACACCAAGAUGAUGCAGACCUGGUGUUCAAUAACGUUACAUAAUGUCCUGCUGCACACACACACACACACACACACACACACACACACACACACACACACACACACACAUCCAAACAACACACCUGUGAGACUGAAAGUAAUCUGAAAGGGUUUGUGUGUACAAUGCAGUGAUUUUCCACAUUCAGUGCUGAAGUUUUUCUGAAACACAUGAAAAACUUGAACUUUGAACUUGGUGUAAUUUUAUUAUUCUGGUGUAAAGAACACACCGAGGAGGAGUUAAAAUCACUCACUGGCUGAUUAGAAUUUCACUUACGUUCAAUUUUAACUCAAAUACGUUCUUAAAAUAAAUAAUGAAUGAAUUGUUAAAAUGACGACGUGGCACUUCACCUCCUUCCACUUCAGUGCAGGCUCUCAGUGUUGAGAUGAUCAGGACCGUUUAUAUUACAACACCAUCACCAAAAACGCCACUUUCCCUAACACACGCAAGCACCACCACCACUAACCCCACCAAUUCCAACACCACCACCAACAUCAGCACCACCAGAAACACCAAAAUCACCACCACCUCUAACACCACCAUCAGAAACACCAAUACCAACAUUAUCACCACCACCAGCACCCCAGAAACACCACCACCAUCAAUCACUUUAACUGUCAAAACUUUAUUGAAUGUAAAGAAAGUAUUUUGUGCUUUUUUAUAAUUAUAGUUUUAUGUAUGCACUUAUUCCUUUAUCUCAUAUUUUCUGUUUGCGUUGUUUUGAGCAUUUUGGUUGGAUCAUUUGUAUUCUACUUUAUUUUGUUGAAUAUAAUGAGUUAUUAUACAUUUAAUGCUAACUGAACAGACCAGAGAUCAACAGCGCCAUCUACUGUUUCAUUUACUUACUGUUGGUACUGACUAAUCAGAGACCAAAAUUUCAUCACAUGACCGUAAUAAUUUUGGCUAAAAAUCAAGCCGCUAAUAGACACACCUGACAAAAAGCACUUUUAUAUAAUAACUAUUCAUAAAAACAAGUUAGGAAAGUUUUUAUAGUAAAAUAAUUAAAUAAUUUGUCUACAACAAAAAAGUUUAAUAACUUAGUUAACAUGCUAACAACUAACAAACUGCUAGCUAGCUAAUGUUAGUUUGCUAGCCAAUUGGCUGAUGAGUUGUUACAUUUAUUCUUCAUUUAUUUAUUUUUCAUUAAAAUAAAAUAAAAACAUUAUUAAUACAUGCCAAGUGUCACAUAAUUCCACAUAGAAUUCGCUAUAUUUUCAGAAUUUUGCUAGUUAGCCUGUUAGCUCAAUCCCCACAUCAAGCUCUUUUUAAAUCUUAUUUUUCUUUAUAAGUAAAACAUUUUUUUGUUUAGUUUAUAAAGUUUCUCCCAGAAAAUUCCUUUUCACACAAACUAUUACAAUCUGUAUUAUUUGAACUUUAUUUUACUGUUUGCAUGUUUUUUUGUAAUCUUUUUUAAUGUUUUUAUAUAAUAAGCAAUUUGAGUUUCAGUUGCAUUAAAACGUCUUUCUGAUGAAGAGUUUCUUUGUUGCAUGUAUAAUAGGGUGAAUUCUGGGUUAUGUGGAGGAAACCUGCUCCUGAGUUCACGCUUCUCCUCUUAUUAGCUUUAUUUGAAUUAUCAUUAGAUUUAAUUAUUUUCAGCUAAAAUCUUAACAUGAGGAUGAAACCCCUGUGCUGCUUCAGUGGCAUUUCAGCUUUGUUUCAUCUGAAGCUGAUUUAUAUGAAGUACACAGUGAAGCUGAGGGAAAAAUGAUAAAGGAUUCAUUUUAUUGCUGCUUAAAUAAACGCAGGGUUUUUGUUUACUUUCUGUGAAAGAAUCUUCACCUCAAUUUAAACAUCACUUCUGCUUUCUUCAUCAAAAACCUGCAAAACUCAAAAAUCUGAAAAACGGUUUUGAGAUGAAAUGUAGAAUUGCUUUUUAUAUUCCAGCUCGUGAAGCUGACAGGAAGUGAGACUCGAAGUUUGUGCUCAUGUUAAUAUAACAGUCUUUAUUUUUACACUGGAGACGUUACAAAUUAAAUUUAAUACAUUCAAGUGUGAAAUUAAAAUACAGACCAUAUAAUAUUCAGAUGUUACAACAAACAAACAAACAAACAAACAGGAACAUAGGAAGUGCUCCAGUCUUCAUUUUCCAUUUCCUGGUCCUUUAUUACAGAGUUUUAUCAUUUGUAAGAUCACCUCUGUGUUCAUCACACACGCUUCCCUACACACGCUUCCCUACACACGCUUCCCUACACACGGUUCCUUUGUCCCUGCAGGAAAAGAUCCCCUGUGCAAGUGUUUUUCUCUCUCUGGGUUUGAAGGUUUUGUUUAUUAUUGAUUAUGAAGAACUCUGUUCCCUCAGAGUGAAGGAAAUACAAACAACACAAAAGUCUUACACACUGUGUUCGUGUCCCAAUCCACACACACUACUGACCCACGCAACCCUGCCUAGUCUUUAACAGCCAAUCUGCAUUCUGGGUAACGUGUAUCUAAAUAAUAAACAUAAAUAAAAAAGUUUCGCCCUCAUUCUCUACUUACCCCUGACCUUCUACACCACACAUGAACACAAAGUUCACAUUAAAUGUACAAAAUAUAUGUACAAAUUUAUAUAAAUAAAAAAAAAAACUCAUUAAAAACAAUUCAGAGAAACAAUAAGGUUAACUGUGUGUGUGUGUGUGUGUGUGUGUGGGUGGGGACUGGGAGAUGAAAUGAAUAAACACACUGAAUUGAGUGUUAAAGAGGUAGAGAGUUAAACUGGUUUAUUAACACACACACACACACACACACACACACACACACACACACACACACACACACACAGCUUUAAU